AUGACGCCGACGGCGAGCCUCCUCCUCCCGGCUCCCCCAUUCGUCUCCAUCUCUGAUGUGCGCCGCCUCCAGCUCCCCCCGCGCGGCCGCCACCGGCCUCGCCUAUGCUGGAGGGGCGUGGAGUGGGGCACCGUACAGACCCGGAUGGUCUCUUCUUUCGUUGGGAGCAGGACACGCCGCAGAAACGUUAUAUGUGCUUCCCUGUUUGGAGUUGGAGCUCCCGAAGCACUGGUCAUUGGAGUAGUCGCCCUGUUGGUGUUCGGCCCCAAGGGUCUGGCAGAGGUAGCCAGGAAUUUGGGGAAGACUUUGCGUGCUUUCCAACCAACCAUUAGAGAGAUACAGGAUGUAUCAAGGGAGUUCAGGAGCACUCUUGAACGAGAAAUUGGAAUUGAUGAGGUUUCCCAAUCGACGAAUUAUAGGCCCACAACCAUCCAACAACCUGCUGCCGACCCAAAUGUCAAGCCUGAACCUGCACCUUAUACUAGCGAGGAACUCAUGAAAGUAACUGAAGAACAAAUUGCUGCAUCAGCUGCUGCUGCUUGGAAUCCGCCACAGCCUGCCAUGUCGCAACAGCAAGAAGCAGCGGCCACUACUCCAAGUGAUGGCGCAGCUACAUCAGGAGGAAUCGAUGGUCCUGCAGCUCCGGCUCUUGCUAGCUGCUCUGUUCUUUGUUUCGAGGUGACCAUCCAAUUUUCGUGUCUUUCAUCAGUUCACAACUUGUACGCGGAUGCUCAGCCAGGGCUGUAUCCGCCGCCGCCGGCGGCGAACCCGCAGGGGGGCUACGGCUACCAGUACCAGGGCUACUUCGGCGAAGCGGCGAACCCUUACACUGGCAGGUGGCCGCAGCAGCCAGCAGCUCCGUCUGAUGGGGGCCCUUUCUACUACCAGGACGAUGCCGACUGCAUCACCUUCCUCAGAGGAUGGUUCUUGUGUCCUGGAGAGCUGAAUGAAAGCUUGUUUGAGAUUUUGUCUCAGUCUCAGUCAGUCAGUCGUCUGUGUUGCUGGGCUGUGCUGCUGCUGCUUGCUGGAGCGAUGCUGCCUCUGCUGCUACUGAGGAGGAGGAUGGAGAGCGUGGUGAAAGCUAGGCUUCCUCCUUUCUGGAGCACACUUGCUUCAGAUGAUCAGAACCGCAGCCGUGAAUGUGAUGUACACAUGUCGAAUAUAUAA